AUGGAGGUUCCUGGACCUCUGCUGGAUGCAUUCAUUUACUACAUCACAGUUAUAGCUGUUUGUGAAGGAGCACGACACGUGGCAGACCGUCUUUUCGACAAAAAAGGAAAUGUUCAUCGGUUCAUUAUUGAAUUUCUAGGAACACUUCAGGUUACUACAACAAUUUAUGAAAAUGCUGUUAUCGAUAUUCAUCUCGGUCGCCAAGCAUUUGCAUUCACUCUUUUUAGUAUGGGAAUUGUUUUUGCUCUCUGUAAUCGCACUGCUUUCUGUAGUCCGUUGGCACCAAUUGAACAAUUCCUUUUUGGAAGACUUCGAUUAUCCGAACUGAUUCAAACUCUCGUUGCUCAGUUUUCUGCUGGUUAUUUUGCAUUCAGUUUCGCUAGAACUAUCUGGCUUCGAGCCUACAGUACAACUGACGCUCACUCGAAUAUUCUUGGAUUAAUGGAGUCUUGUGGAUUCAAUCAUCCAUAUCCAAUUUACUAUCAUUUGGCAUUUGAACUAAUUGGAACAUUCAUCGUUAGACACGUUUUGACACGUGCUACUUCAGAAUCUCGUGAUUCGAGAAUUCGAUUCGUUUUCCCUGCUCUUUUCAUGGCUGCCGUUUUCACAGGAACUGUGACAUUCGUUGGAGAUCAAGCACUUGAUCCAUUGGUAGCUUCAACACUUUUCUAUGGAUGUAGAGGAUUGAGUUUUGAGAACUUUAUGUUUGUUUAUUGGAUCGCUCCAACCAUCGGCUGGAUGGCAUCAGCUUACUGGGAUUCAUUAGGAGAAGAGGAUGCGAAAAAGAAAGCUGCGAAGGAGAAGAAAGCAGAAAAGAAACGGGUGAAGAAAAAUGAAUAA